UGCUCUUCUCCCUCGUUCCAUCCCCCGUUCUGCAUUUGUUUUUCUUUUUUGUAUCAGUGCGUUGCGCAAAAUCCAUUACUUUCAUGGCCAGAAGAAUAAUACCAAUCCUGAGGCACCUUACCAGCCGUCCAACAAUAAGGGGACCUAGACCCGAACCCGUUUCCCGGUCCGUCACCUACAUGCCACGACCUGGUGACGGAGCCCCGAGAGCUGUCACGCUGAUACCCGGUGACGGUAUUGGCCCUCUUGUCACCAACGCCGUCGAGCAAGUCAUGGAGGCGAUGCACUCUCCGGUUUACUUUGAGCGCUACGAGGUCCACGGUGACAUGAAGCGGGUGCCGCAGGAGGUAAUAGAUUCGAUCCGAAAGAACAAGGUAUGCUUGAAGGGCGGCCUAAGGACUCCGGUAGGAGGUGGAGUCAGUUCGCUCAAUGUGCAGCUGAGAAAGGAGCUUGAUUUAUACGCUUCACUUGUAAAUUGCUUCAACUUGCCUGGUUUACCUACAAGACAUGAGAGCGUGGACAUCGUUGUGAUUAGAGAAAAUACGGAAGGAGAGUACUCCGGUCUCGAGCACGAGGUGGUUCCUGGCGUUGUUGAGAGCCUUAAGGUGAUCACAAAGUUCUGCUCAGAACGUAUAGCAAAGUAUGCCUUUGAGUAUGCUUACCUAAACAACAGGAAGAAAGUCACAGCUGUUCAUAAAGCCAACAUCAUGAAACUUGCAGAUGGUCUGUUUUUAGAAUCUUGCCGUGAGGUUGCAACAAAAUAUCCUAGUAUCAAGUACAAUGAAAUUAUUGUGGACAAUUGCUGUAUGCAACUUGUCUCAAAACCUGAGCAAUUUGAUGUAAUGGUGACGCCUAAUCUUUACGGCAAUCUGGUCGCAAACACAGCAGCAGGUAUUGCUGGAGGCACCGGUGUCAUGCCCGGAGGAAACGUGGGGGCGGAACAUGCAGUGUUUGAGCAAGGCGCUUCAGCGGGGAAUGUGGGGAAUGAGAACUUAGUGGAGCAAAAGAGGGCUAAUCCAGUGGCUUUGCUGCUGUCUUCGGCCAUGAUGCUGCGGCAUCUUCAGUUCCCUUCUUUUGCCGACCGUCUUGAGACUGCUGUGAAGCAUGUCAUAUCGGAGGGCAAAUUCCGCACCAAAGAUCUCGGUGGCGACAGCACUACCCAGGAUGUUGUCGAGGCUGUCAUUGCCAACCUCGACUAAUUUAUCAUCGCUAUCAAGCCUUUAUUUCUCCAUAAUUUUUGGGAAUAACGUGGAGGGAUUCGGUGGCAUAAGGCUUUUUUUUUUGGGGGGGGCUUUUUGGUAGGGGUACUUCAUCGGCACAAGAUUUCCGGGCUACUUCUUGUGACACUACAUUAACCCACCCAUUUACCAUUUUAAGCAUAGUUGUUGUCUAGUAAUAUUUGUAUUUCCUUUGUUUUCAAGCAAGUUCACCUGAUAGUCAAGGUCAAGGACGGGAUUCAUUUAGUGCUGGCCAACCGUUGUCAAUACUCGAAUGAAUGAUCGAUUGAUUCGAUUGUGGUUUCGGUUCGGCCUUUGGGUCUGAUAAUUGGUGGGUUGACUUUGUAGAAAGGAGUGGAAGGGAGGGGAGAAUGAUGGGAUCGUGUUGCUGCGCUGGAGUUGUUAAAUGCCAACUUUAGCUAGUCAAGUUGCAUGUAUUUAGGUUCGAAAAAUAUAAUUUUUUCGUCUGAGAAUUAUUAAUUUAAUUCUUAAAUUUUAACUUCAAACAAUUCAAUAUAUAUAUAUAUAUAUAUAUUGAAAACAACUUAAUUUUUAUAUUUUAUUGCUCUGUAUGAUUCAAUUCUUAUAUAUUUUUAAUUUAAUAUAACUUAUAGUUUUUUCA